AUGAACGAAUCUAUUGGCAGCCCGCCGCCUCAAAGUCAGUUUGGUUCCUGGCUGCAUACGAGAUCAGAAAACUUCCGGGGUUCGCAAGACCCUACCCUCCCCACGAUAGAGCCUCACUCCUUCAAUAAUGCGUCGGGUGGCUAUUACCGGCAUUCAAGGGCGGAUACAGCCAAGGCGCCCCCUGACCGAGAGGAAUGUCUUGAUGCCUCCACCUCUGACCUCCCUCCACCAGUACAGCCAAGAGAUAAUAUCACGCGGGAAAAUAAGGGGACUGCCCCCGUAACAAGUACACGGCAGCUACCUAUUAUGCAACGAAUAUGGAGCCCUCUGAAAAUUAUACUUACCUCAAGUUGGAUCAAUGUCUUGCUCGUUUUUGUACCAGUGGGCAUUGCUCUUGGCGUUCUCCAUCGAAGGCAAAAGGCAAACAGUUCGAUCAACCCUGUUGUCGUAUUUACGAUCAACGCCGUGGGAAUCAUUCCAUUGGCCUAUUUACUUGGAUUUGCAACCGAAAAUGUUGCAAGAAAAAUGGGUGACAAAGUUGGGGCACUGCUUAACGUCACUUUCGGUAAUGCUGUGGAGUUAAUUAUCUUCAUGUAUGUCGAGUUAUUCUUUUGUGCGAGUAUUAACCCAUGGAUUUCGACUGGCAGACUUGCAUUAGUAGCUAAAGAAGUGCGCAUCGUCCAAGCCUCUCUCCUUGGGUCUAUCCUAGCAAAUUUGUUAUUGAUCCUUGGAAUGUGUUUCUUGUUCGGGGGCUUAAGAUUUCGGGAACAACUGUACAACCCCGCCAUCACUCAGAUGAGCGCUUGCCUUCUCAGUCUGAGUGUGAUGAGUCUUCUACUUCCAACUGCAUUUCACGCUUCAUUUAGUGACUUGGCAGCCGCUGAUAAAGCCGUUCUUCAAGUAAGCAGGGGCACGAGUGUCAUAUUACUUCUUGUCUACGUACUUUACCUACUAUUCCAGUUGAAGUCUCAUGCAUACAUUUAUGAGAGCACUCCACAACACAAAAUUGACGAGGAGUCACAUCCUGGCGUUUUGGCAGAGAUGUUGAAUUCCAGUGGCUCCUCUGAGUCCAGCUCUACAAGUGGAAGCGAUACAGAUGGCUCUUCUGGAUCUCAUAACACUGUGAAACGAAUUAGGAAAGCUAUUAAAAAGAGAAGGCGACGUAAGUCAAGCACAUGCUCUAAAGUGCCCCAAUCACCAUCGCUGGGGCUCUCCUUAGUUCGUUCUCGGUCGUCUACUUCAAACGUGGGUUCACGAUUAGCGCAAGGCGCCUCACUUGUAUCAACUGACUAUACCGCCGCCAUACCAUGCAGCAGCGAUGACGCCGAGCAUGAACUUAGACCAUCUUUUGAGCGAUAUCCAGGCGUGGCUACUCGUGAUUUUGAAACUAAUGGGGCGCCUGAGGGGUCUGGUACACGGAAUCAAAAACACAAGAAAUGCUUGAAAACUCCGCGAAAAUCCAAACGGAAUAAGAAUACUUUACUGGAAAGAAAUAAAGAGAUUCAACUUACUGGAAAUGCAAACCCCAACGUUCAGUUUACGGAUCCCACUUCUGUUACUGAACUUUCCGAAAAAAGGCCAUUCAAUUUGCGCCCAAAACCUCAGGGGAGACUGUUCUCACGGAUGUUACCGGCCUUGCAAACUAGGCCUAUCUCUAUAAAUGAGCUAAACCAGAGGCCAUCUUUAAGUCGUAAUGUCACCCAGCGCGUUCUACGCCGCACCACUUCAUUACCUGACCGCUUAAAUCACUCGUCCAACCUGUCUGCUCGGCCUGUUCCAUACAUUAUACCUAUUAACCCGCCUAACGAGGUUUCCAAUGAAGAUUCUGAGCUAGAGGAAAAUCCACAUCUCUCGCGAAUAGUAUCUGUGAUUCUCCUGGUUAUCUCCACGGGACUUGUGGCGGCCUGUGCAGAAUUUCUUGUGAACAGCAUCGACUACCUCGUUAAGAAUACAGGUAUCAGCCAAGCCUUCAUAGGUCUUAUCAUUAUACCGAUUGUUGGUAAUGCUGCUGAGCAUGCUACAGCAGUAGCUAUGGCCAGCAAGAACAAGAUGGAUCUGGCUAUUGGUGUCGCUCUCGGCAGCAGUAUCCAAAUCGCUCUAUUUGUCACACCAAUCAUCGUCUUGCUUGGUUGGUGCUUGCGCACUGAGAUGUCCCUUUAUUUCAGCCUUUUUGAAACUGUUUCUUUAUUUGCCUCGGCGUUUAUCGCCAACUAUCUCAUGCUUGAUGGGCGAACAAAUUACUUGGAGGGCGCUUUAUUGAUUGCUGCCUAUGUGAUCAUCUCUGUCGGGGCAUUCUUUUUCCCUUCAUGUAGAGAUUUAAAUUCUGCUAGCAAUCCACCAGACCCUAGGGUGUGCUAA